AUAAAAGUUAUCAAAUUUAUUGGUUUGUUUGUUUAUCUUUGUACCUAGUUCCGUUAAUUAUUUAUUAAAAUAGUUUAUUUCCGCCAGGUUAAGUAGCUUUUUAUUGCUAGAUAGAGUAUGUUGGAUCUAGAAUUUGACUAUUUUUUUGAAGAAGACAAGAUAUAAGCGUUGAAAUACCAGUUAAGUCUAUUAUUACAAGAUGACAACGCCUGAUAACGAAGAUUUACUGAAGUUUUUGGAAAAAAAUGAAGAUGCAUCUUCGUCGGAACAACCCACAGAAGUAUAUUUGGGUACUCCAGAAUUGGAAGUUAUCCAAUUUGAUUUGACACUUGUUGACAAAUAUCAUCGAGAAAAUACAAUGGGAAUGACGGUGACGUCUGGAAGUGUCACCAUAAGAAAAGAUGAUAAUAACCUGAUCGGUAUCAGCAUUGGUGGCGGGUCACCUUUAUGUCCUUGUUUAUAUAUUGUCCAAAUUUUUGACAAUACAGCCGCAGCAAAAGAUGGAACCUUGCAAUCAGGAGAUGAGUUGGUUUCGGUGAACGGUCAAUCUGUAAAAGGAAAAACGAAAGUUGAAGUAGCGAAAAUGAUCCAAGCUGCAAAGGAUGAAGUUAUUAUCAAUUAUAAUAAGUUACAUGCUGAUCCUGGACAAGGUAAAAGUUUGGAUAUCAUCAUGAAGAAAAUGAAACAUCGGCUGGUCGAAAAUAUGAGUUCUUCAACGGCCGACGCGUUGGGUCUAUCAAGAGCAAUUUUGUGUAACGAUACAUUAGUAAAGAAAAUGCAAGAGCUGCAAGAUACCGAAGUUAUGUAUAGAGGACUUGUUGACCAUUGUAAGAGAAUGCUUCAAGCUCACAUGGAGUUGCAACAGGCAGUUAAAGCAAUGGGGGAUAUUUUUUCUGGAAUAGCAGUAAGAGAACCUCAACCCCGAGCAAGCGAAGCGUUUCGAUUAUUUGGUGAACAACAUCGCAGUAUUGAAAAAAUGGGUUUGGAGAUGGUAAAAAAAGUAAAACCAGUACUUUCAGAUGUUGGAACAUAUCUCUACAAAGCGAUUCCAGAUACAAGACUUACAGUAAAAAAAUAUGCUGAUACCAAAUUUGAAUAUCUUGCGUAUUGUUUAAAAGUUAAAGAAAUGGACGAUGAAGAAUGUAGUUACGCUGCCUUACAAGAACCGCUUUAUAGAGUUGAAACUGGAAAUUAUGAAUAUAGGUUAAUUUUACGAUGCCGACAACUCGCCAGAUCCAGAUUUGCUAAAUUGAGAGCAGAUGUAUUGGUAAAAAUGGAACUUUUGGAUAACAAGCAUGUACAAUCACUUGGAGGUCAUUUGGUUAAAGUCAUAAGAGGUCUGGCUGAACUACAUACAAGAACUGUAGAAUUACUAAAUGGGCCUGCGCUAUUUCCGGUGGAGGUUGAUUUAACUACUAACGCUUUCCAGUAUAAAUCUACAACCCCUGUAACACAGUAUAAUGACGAUGACAAAGAAGUCGAAGAAGGGGAAGAAAUACUGGACAUUGAUCAUGAGGACUUAAUCGCAAACUUUACAAAACCUAGUGCACCAAAUGACCUUGAAAAUAAUGAUCUGCUUCUACCAGACCUUUCAAAUGUUAUACAAAAUGAGCCGAACUACGACGACAUGGACAACUGGGCACUUUUAUCUUCUCUGUGUUUGCAAGACAGUCCUCAAAAUAAACCUCUUUUGACAGACUUAGAUUAAAUAUCACUUCAAUAAAAAAAAGUACAUUUUACUUGAAAUAAAUCAAUUAUAAUUAGUAUAUUACAAUAUCGUGUUGUUUAACAACAGUGAAUAUAUA